AUGCAUGCCGGGACUUGUAGUCCCCGAGCUGCGCAGGGCGAGCUGCGGGCGCAGGGACGGACUACAUCUCCCAGAGGCCUUUGGGGCGGGGCGGGGCGCGCAAAGCCCCCCGGGGCUGAGGGGUCUUAUACGCCGAGCGCCAGCGCCUUGGCCUGUCCCCGCUUUCGUCUGGCCUCGGGCGGCCUGGUAUCUCGAGCUCCUGAGCCCCCUGCCAGUUGUGUCUGGUAGACCCUGAAGGAGCCUUCCCUGCCCUCCUUUCUUGACCGAGUACCAGGGGCUUGAGGUCCAGGAGAAGCAGCCACGAUGUCUAAUGAGCCGCCACCCUCCUUACCCGGGGCACCCACGGCCCCACUCCUGGAGGAGAAGAGUGGAGCCCCGCCUGCCCCAGGCCGCGCCUCCCCAGCUGUGCCGCCACCUCCCCCGGGCAUGUCUCUGCCCCCAGAAGAUGGCCCCCCACCCUACGAGCCACCAGGUCACCCAAUGCCUCAGCCCGGCUUUGUCCCCCCCCACGUGAAUGCAGAUGGCACUUACAUGCCUCCAGGUUUCUACCCCCCUCCAGGCCCCCACCCACCCAUGGGCUACUACCCACCAGGCCCCUACCCAUCGGGGCCCUACCCUGGCCCAGGGGGCCACACGGCCACGGUCCUGGUCCCUUCGGGGGCUGCCACCACAGUGACAGUGCUGCAGGGUGAGAUCUUCGAAGGCGCACCUGUGCAGACAGUGUGUCCCCACUGCCAGCAAGCCAUCACCACCAAGAUCUCUUACGAGAUCGGCCUCAUGAACUUCGUGCUGGGCUUCUUCUGCUGCUUCAUGGGAUGUGAUCUGGGCUGCUGCUUGAUCCCCUGUCUGAUCAACGACUUCAAGGACGUGACCCACACGUGCCCCAACUGCAAAGCCUACAUCUAUACGUACAAGCGCCUGUGCUAACGGAGCCAAGACUCGGACUCCCGCCUGCCUGGUCCCUGUGCUUUGCUCCCUGCUCCCACUGGGGUUGGAAGAGUUUCACCGUCCCCAGGAAGUCAUGUGUUCUCUUUGCCUCGCCCUUCCCUGUGCAUCGUCUCUUCUGGCAAAAAAUUCUGUCGGAUUGAAGGCUAAGGGUCA